AUGCACAAUUACCAAGAUAAUAGUUAAAAACUCUUUUACUAAUUAUGGAAAACUGGUAACAGAAUAUUGUGUUAAGGUAAAUUGUUGGUUGGGUAUAAAAUAAUUGUAUAGAAGUUCUGAAAAUCAUAAAUUUAUUGCCUCUCUUGUGAUGAUUACAAUCCCUACUGUUUUAUAUUAUGUGUUUAUGGUACCGGUAAUAAAUAUCUAAUAUCUAGGCUUUGGUUCAAAGAGACAAAGUAUUGUAGGUUAUCAUCUUUGUAAUCCUGAAUUGUAUAGUAUAUAUCUUGAUCACUAUCACAAUUCUGGUUGAUCCAGGCAUAAUUCCUAAAAUAGUACUAAUAAAAAUAAUAGAAGACUACAAAUUAUGAAAUGGAUGAGUAGCUAAUUAUAAUACCUUAAAAAUAUUUAAAUGUCAAUCCUUAAGUAUUAUUUGAAUCAAAAACCUUGUAAAUGAAAGGACAUUAAUUUAAAUUGAAGUUUUGUAAUACAUGUAAUAACCAAAUUAAAAAUACACAGGUGCUAUUUAUCGACCUCCUAGAGCCUCACAUUGUCCAGCUUGUGAUAAUUGUGUUUUAAGAUUUGAUCAUCAUUGUCCUUGGAUAGGAGCAUGUAUUGGAAGAAGGAAUUAUAUCUAUUUUUAUCUUUUUAUCUUUUUUCUUUCUGUUACAAUGAUUUAUGUUUUUUCUACUUGUCUUGCCUAUCUAUUUGGGGAUAUAUAAAGUGGUUAAGAUCAAGGAGAAUAAAUUAUCUCUUAAUUAUCUAAAAAUCCAUAUUCAUUAGCUAUAGCAAUUUAUUGUUUAGUUGUAAAUAUUUAAAAAUUACACAGUUUUCAUUUUUUGUUGUUGGAUUGUGGGCAUUUCAUACAUAUUUAGUUAUAACAAAUAUAACUACAAAUGAAUAUUUAAAAAAGCAUUGGUUUAUUUAAAGUAAUAACCCUUUCAGAAGGUAAUUUGAUUUUUAAACUUUAGAAAAAACAUCUUUAAAAAUAUUUAACAUGUUUUAGCUUGUAUAAGAAAUGUGAAAUUCCUAGAGCUUCGUUAAUUUGUUUAUGAUCCUUAAAACUAUAAUUAAGUAUUAUCUAUAAAUAUAUUAAGUCUAUUACAUAAAAUCAAAUCAAUGAAAAUGAAAAUGAGAACUUAAAUCCUCUUGCAGAUAAUUAAAAUAACAUUGCAAGAAGAUCAUCAAAGAAAACUAAGGAAAAUAUAGAAGAACAAUGAAUAUUCAAA